CGCUCCCAGUUCCAGUCGUCCGGCGUGUCGAGUCUAGAAUAGAUUCAAAUUCGCGGACCACUCUAUUCUCGCUUUUUCCCCAAUGAUACAGCCACGCCGCGCGUGAUUCAAGUCAAUAUGGGUAUUCCGCGCCUCAUCGGCCACCUAGAGCCCUUUGCCGAGACGGUUCAUUUCACCGAGAGAAAUGCAGCAAACCCCAGGCGAGUCGCUGUCGACGGCCCCGGCCUGGCCUUCCAUGCGGCCCAACUCGCCUUGCGAAAAACGAUAGAGACCUCCAGCAUUCGCACGCCGUCCUACCGUGAGAUUGGCGACGCUGCGCUAGGCUUCCUCCGAUCGCUGCGGGUAUGCGGGUUGAGUGUCUGUGCCAUCUAUUUCGAUGGCUUUCUACCUGACUACAAGAAGGAGGAGCGACUUCAGCGGUUGCUCAAUAGCACUGCUGAACUCGACAGCAGCAGGCCCAACGCACAGAGACUUACGAGAGGUGCCCCGUUCAUUGUGCCUGUAGUCCUGGAGAUUUUGUUUGAGAGCGAAUUUCACCUCUUCACUGCAGUCAUGCCGGGAGAAGCCGAUUCUUGGUGUGCAAGGCAUGCGAGAGAUUUCGGCAGCAUGAUACUGACUGGUGACUCGGACCUUCUCGCUCACGAUCUGGGCACGCAAGGUUCCGUCGCGUUCUUUCCAUAUGUCGAUAUAAACGACUCCGGAGUAGAGGUCCUCGAAUACAGGCCAACCAGCAUAGCUAAUCGUCUAGGUCUGGCCAGCAUUCGCUCACUAGCCUACCAGCUACUUCGCGACCGACACAAGACUAUGAACGAACUCGUAGAACUAGCUAAAGCUCUGGAAAGAACCUCGACACUCAUCAAUCUGGACGACCAUGGCAUUCCUCACACCACUGAAGACGGUUCAAUUUACAACAUCUCAAUUUAUGCACAAGAUCGGAUAACUGCCGGGUUUGAAUCAGCUGACUCACAGCAGCUUCUUCUACAGAGCAUACUGAGUAGAUUGGACCCUCGCAUAUCGGAGUUUGUCCAACAAGUUCUCUCCUGCCCUCUCGAUCGGUCCUUGUUGGGAAGAUUGACAGUGUAUCUUCCAGUCUUGAUCGAAAAUGUCGAUCGAGCUUCUGCCUGGAAUUGCGGCGAGCAAAUUCGACAAUUUGGCUAUUCAAUCGUAACUGCAACACUCACUAUCAAGCCUGUAGUUAUCCACGAGGUCAUUCGAAGUGGUAGGCGAAUCGUGGAAAAGGAGCGCCAGCUGUUCUGCUAUCCAAUGUUGAUCGCUACAUUCACCGAGCAUAUCAAAACAUGGUUGAGGAUCUGCUCUGAGUUGCCGCCUCCAUGCACCUGGAGAUUGUUCGGCGUAUACUCAAUGUGGCAGGACCUCUCCGUGACGGACCAGGCGUUCCUCCAACUCCGCGUGAAUGUACAAAAGCUCCUUGGCUCAAGAACCAAUGCCGUGGGACAAUACAACUGGGAUACUAGACAUAUCGACGCACAGCUCCAAGCCGUCCUUUAUUCGCUCAGAAUGCUGCAACGCUUUACGACAGUCUUUAUGGCGCAUCGUGUGGCGCAGCAGAAUGAUGAUUUCACGAAGGGAGUUCGAGCGUUGCAUGAUAGUCUAAACAGUCUUCCGCCGCUGGACCAACUCAUCCAGCAGGACUACAAACCAGCACUCGAAGAGAAUCCACAAUUGGCAGAGGCUAUUACGGAGAUGUAUGCGCUUCUUGGCGUCGAAGAGAAGGGGCCCGAAACAGCGAAGCCAAAGAAGACGAGGCGGAGCGGAAAGGCUAAGCAGAGCGGACAAGAGGUCGUUGUGGGCGGUAACAUGUAUCACUUGCUGGACGAAUUGACAGACAUCUGAUCAAGGCUCCUAACCCCAGCCCACGAUGAAUCCAAAACAGAGAACACGGAUUGAACGAGGAGGGUGUCAGUUGUCAAUUCAAAAGUAGUGGGAGUUGCAUUUGCUGCUGAAUUGAGGAUUAAUAUUUUGAAGGGCCCCUCCCACGGCUUCAAGAACAA